AUGAGCGUGACCUAUUCAUCAUCUGAUAUUGUGGGGUACCCAGAUCAUCUACCUACAUUUGAUGUGAAGUUACCAUUGAAAUAUCCUCAAACACCAUCAACAACAGCAACAACAACAACAUCAACAUCAUCAUCAUCGCCUCCUAAUGACCAAUUUCAUCUCAAACUUGCUGCAUGUGGCCAAUUACUCAAACUAGGAUCAAAUUCUCUUGUCCCACUUGUUUCAUCCACGAUAUUGAAUGACUUUAAAACUAUUACACUCACGCCAAUUGAACGCAAAUUGAACAAGUUGGGUUUAAAACUACAAAACAUCAGGAUCCAUUUACCAAACAAGCUUUCAUCGACCAGCUGCUUUGACAUAACUCAUGAUAGUGAAAACAUCUACAUUAACCUCAUUGACUCUAGCUACUUGUUCAUAUCUUUGAAGAUACCUACAGAGACAUUUGUUUCCAGCAAGACGUUAUCCUUGUUUGAUUUUGAAGAAUGGGGGCAUAUAUCUGUUCCAUAUUCGUUUGAAAUGAGAUCGGAUCCAUAUUUGGUGAAGUCAUUUGAUGAGAAGAAUGUGCUAGUUUCUUUAAAGGAUGGUGGAUUGCUUCAUUUUCAAAAACAACAUCCCUUGGACUCAAUUGAAAUCCUGACUUUUGCCGAACCAGUUUCGUUUCUUGGUGGAAUCUUUAGUGGUAAAAAGAAGAAUGUGUAUUCAAAUGGAAUCUCAUCAAACUCGAUUGUUGACUUGAUCAAAGUGGAUGAUUAUUUGAUCACCUUGACUACGAGUAGACAAUUGAAAUUGUGGAGUUUGUCAAAACGUCAAUACGUUUCGUCUGUUUCCUUGACCGUCGAUCUGGAUGAGGAUGUAUGGUUGACUACGGUUCCUUCAAAGUAUCUUCAAAUUGUUGACGCUGGUGACGAGCAAUAUAUCACAUUACUCAAUCCGACAAUUGGAGGUUCGAAAAAGGGUAAAUUUGCGUUUAGAUCGUGGCAGAUUCAAGAGCUGUCGUUGGUGGAGGUUACAAGAUUUCACCUUGAACCGGAAUUGCCAAAUAUUCUUUUAUCGUCGUCAGAUAUAUUUUACCACGAGUCAGCUUUCCAGAAUACGAUAUGGUUUAUUCAAGAUUUUGCAACUGAUUACGUCAAGGGGAAUUUGGUCACUUACAUCUUGUGGAAAUCGAAUACUUCAUCAAUUCUAGUCGCCUAUACUACUGAGACUACCGGCGGUGCCACCUUAUCAAUUCAAUUGUCACUGCCGCCAGCCCAUAAUGACGAAGAAACAAUUUCUAUUCACUUUGAUUCUGACUACUAUUGCAGAAAAAUCUUUGAUUCUGGAAGAUUUGAUAACUUGAUUGUUGCAACUUCAUUAUCAAUCUUGCGUCAACAUUUCAAAUCACAACGACAAGAGAAUGAUGAUGAUGAUGAUGACGAUGAUGACCUGGGUACCGAUUUGCGCACGGCUGCAUUGAGGUUGAUAGAGUUCCACUCGAGCAACGACGAGUCGGAUAAGCAAAUCUGGCUCAAGCUUUAUUCACUUUGUGAAGAAUUGGAAAAGACAAGUCAAGAAGCGUUGGGUCUAGUCACGUUUGAGAGCCAAUUGAUAACUACACAAGCUAACGGAUAUGGACUAUUCCGGCCAUCUCAUUACUUUGAAUUAUUUGCAAGUGAAAGCCUACAUGCUCCUGAGCCCACAUUGAUGCAAGUGUUCAACAGGUUCCGCACAACGUUGUCGGCGAAAACAUACCACAAAUUAAGCGAGACAGUGUUAUCGCAUCGAGGUAGAUUUAAUGCCAAUUUAGUUGACCAGUUUUUCCAAACUCACCUUAGUAAGAAACUAUCACCACAAGAGAUUCAAUCGGCAUUGUCUGAAUUGGAAAAAGUACACAAUGGGCCGGACGUCCUUCAAUCUUUGAUUGAGAAUACCAGGUAUCAGUUGGUCAGCAUUCAUAACCCACUUCGCGGUGACUUGGGUGAAUUCUUUAAAAUAUCAACGCUCAUCACUUUCAAAGAUAUAAUGCAGCAGCAGAACAAAUUAUUGAUGGAUGUGUUGGUAUUGCUUUUGAUUUGUAAAGUUAAUGGUCUGAUUUUGCAUUUGAUUGAUCAAGUAGUGCACGAAUUACAACAAUACCACCUCAUUGAGAUUAUAUUUGACACUUGCUUCGAGUCGGGUGGUGAAAAGUCUCCACUUGAGUCUCACGGGUUGAGCAAUCUUGAUCAUUCCUUAUUUUGGCUGGCCGUGAUUGGCAAGGAUGCGCAGUUGAAACAAUACGUUGAGACUUUACAAAUCAAUGAUGCUUUUGAGUACUUGUGGAAUCAAACAUUUACCCAGAGAGAUUUCCUUUUAAAUUCGGUUAUUGAGUUGGUCAACCAUCAACAGGGCCCAUAUUUGAAGAAAUACUUUUUGCGUGAAUUAGAUCAGAAUGAAGUGGAUGAGUUGUUUCUUAUUGGUAUCGUUCAUUUGAUCAAUAACGAUGCCACGUCUUUCUAUGACGUUUUUGCUCAAUUUGAAAAAUUACAGCACUUGGAUGUGUCCAAAUUGAAGUUGUUGAAACAGGAUGAAAAUUUACGUCAUUUCUUGAGUUGUUUUUAUACUUUCCCAACGACUAGUGGAUAUUAUCAUGGAUUAUCGGAAUUGGCGAUGUCGCAAGUGAGAGCGGGCAAAACCACCGAUGUGACAAGAAUACAAUUGACUAAAGUGGCGCUCAAAUUUGAACAACUUGCCAUUGAAAAUACUACAGAUGAGCCAUCUAAAGUUGAAUCUUUAUAUUUGACUGUGUUUGAUCUAGCAUUGUCAAUAUCCGAUUAUGAUUCAGUAGAGCGAGCAUUGACGCAGUUAAUCUCCCACGAGGAAAUCAAACUGUUGCUUACGAAAUUCAUUGAAAAGUUGAUAUUGGAGCAAAAUCUCAAGUUGAUUUUCCCACCAAAUGAAAACAAGGUAUAUCGAACCCAUUACAAAUUAAUUGAUUCGAUUUUGGCACAAGUAGCUCACUCGGCGCCAUUGUUGUCUUCAUUAAAGAUGUACCAAGUGCUCUCCGCAUGGAGAUUGUUUGGAUGUUGCGCGUUGGAUACAGAGUUGGCCGAUCAACGGGGCUCAUGCGAAGCAUUGUACCAUUAUAUCCAACGAUACAAGAAUGAAACCAAAACUAUUGACAAGGCCAGUAAAUUUCAAGUGUUACAAAUGUAUUUGCUCAUUUUGAACAAUUUGAAGUCGUUGCAAGAUGCUGAUGAUCAAUGGUUUUUCAAUGAUGCUGUGGAUUUAGCAGCUGCUUCAUCGUCAUCUUGGCUGAUUGUGACUGCGAACCGAAUCCAAAUUGAGUAUUUGGAAUGGAUGAAGAAUUUGGAAACGGACUUAUCUACAAUUGAGUAA